CGGAAAGAGAGAGAAACUGUGCUGGAGCUGCACACUUCAUGAGAUUUUAUUUUAGUAUCGAGACUCGAUACUAAAAUAAGCAUGGGCAGCUAAUCUGCUCCGUGCACCAGAACCAGCGAUUCCUCCUCAUCCCAGGAGAGUCUCGAUCGCAUCCCGCCUCGCUUGAAAUGGGAUGAAAUGGGAUUAUUCAUGUCGACGAAGAUCGGAUGGAUUCUUGCGAUCGCCUCUGUUUUCCUGCUCCUCGCGGCGCCUGCAGGCAGCGUAGAUGUGAGCUGUGAGAACGUUUACCGCGACUUUUCUGAGUGCGUCCUGGAGCUGGGGGAGAGCAUGGACAACUACCAGGAGAACGUGACCAGCGAGCAGGGAGUGGCGGCCGUCUGCAGCCACUGGGAAGCCUUCCACACUUGCGCGCUGACGGCGCUGUCCGACUGUCAGCAGGAAGUCAGCUCCAUCUGGGAGACCCUGAAGCAGGACUCCAGGAAGAUCCGCUUCCAGGGAAGCCUGUUCGACUUGUGCAGCCCCAGCUGCGCCCCCAGCGCCCGUCUGCCCCUCGCCGCCCUCGUCCUGCCCCUGGUGCUGGUCCUGACCGGGCCGAGCGGUGCCUCUGCGUAGACGGGACGUGGAUGGGGGUAUGAGGGUAGGAUGGACCGGGCUCAGUUUCUUUUUUUUCAUGAGUUUCAGUACAUCUGAGCUCAGACUUAAUGCCAAGGAUUUAAAAGGUUGAAAUGUUUUUAAAGGAUUUUUUUUUUCUUUUUUUACACUGAGCUGUUUUUUUGUUUUUUUGUGUGUGGCAGGACAAUCAAUUUAGUUUGGCCGAUAACGCUUCAAGUCUUCUGAUAAUGAUGAAGCUUAUUUCUUUAUUAAAUAGCAGCUUAGGAGGGAAAUAAAAGUGCAUUUUUGAACAUGGAAAGCAUUAUAGUAAAUGACUUUUGGUCCGAAACUAGUUUAUCACACCUGAUUUUUAAAGUUUUAACUUGAUUUUCUUAGCAAAAAUAAAUAAGUAAAAGCUUAACCUACCUAGCCAGCAUGUGUGUGGGGGGGCUUGUUGGUUUGUUGGAUUUUGUCUUGAUAAAUCAACAUCAAACCUAUGGAGGUAAUAAUAAAGGGGACAUCAUGUAACCUGAAGUCUUCCUGUUUCCGGCCCAUUUCCCAACCAUGUGGGCCCCAUAUGUGAAUGCUGGCUGGCUGAUGGCACAUUUACUAAAUAGUCAACAACCACAGAAUAAAACAUAUCAAACGUGCAAAUUAAGCAAAUGCUAAUUGUUGAUUUUUAUAUUCACAAGCUUGUUUUUUUAUUAUUAUUAUUGUUUGUGCACUUCCCUGAUUUUUAGCCUUUUCUAAACACUAAGAUAAGCACACAUACAGAAGCUGGGCAUGUGAACAUCAUAUUUUUAGAUUACAGCGGCUUGAAAAAGCAUCAAACCUUUGCAUGUGUCACAUCUUUGUUGCAUCUUGCACGCGUCCUCUAAUAAAACCUCUGAGGCCUUCGCAGUGAAGCUGUAGUUGCAUUGCGAGCUCCAUGCUGUGAAGAAAUGCAUCCCCGCAGCAUGAUGCUACCUCCACCAUGUCUCCCAUUAGGGCUGGUGUGUUCAGGGUGAGGAGCAGCGCUCUCUGAAAAACCUGCGAAGCAUUCACAGAACAGAUGGAGCCUCCUUCUCUUCUUUAGUGGCGUCAGAGUAAAGAGGGUGCAAUGCCACAUCUUAACAUUAAUUCCUAAUACAGCACGUUAAAGUUUGACAGAAUGCAAACCAGUUCAAGGGGUAUGGAUGUAGACGAACAUGGAGCAACACUUCCAAAGUAAAAUAUCUCUGUUGCCUGCCCUGUGCUAUCAUCUGGAAGGGAAACAACACUUCAGACUUGGAGAAACGAGCUCUCUGAUUAGAAAUCUAUCUGAAUCUGUUUUAAAUCAAACAUUUCUUUUCCAAACCGUGCUGCUGGGGGAGGAAGCUGUGUUGUCGUUUACACACUGCUCAUAUAUUAUACAUGGAUCUCACAAGCAGGAGAGCUCACCUUUUGAAAAUCAAACAUGUUGUGUACAGGGUUGUACCUCUUUUAACCGUCCAUGUAAAACUAUUUGGCCUCCUGCCUUAAGUCACAGCUGUCAUUGUAAUAAUUACCUGUAUGAUAACUGGAGUGUGACUGUCGUCUUGUGAAAUUUUGCUUUCCUGCAGUGGAAACAUGAACAAAAUACAAGCCGGGGCUUUGGCACGAGAAAUUAAAUGUGAAGUCAUUUAAUGUUUAUGAAGAAUGCACUGGGUUUCCUCAGCUCAGCCCCUAUAGACAAAAAUAAACUGUAGAUCUCACAUUGGUGUUUAAGAAAACCAGUACAAAACACAUCUGGGACCCAUAUGGUCACAAACUGUACCCAUACAACAUGGCAAAGCCAGGUGGGGCAGGAAAGGUUGAAUAGUUGCACCUGAUUUAUACAAUACCACUUUUUUUUUUCCUACAAAGCAAAACCAAUUCAUGGCAGUAGGAGAGACCCAACAAUU